UCCGGUACCGCCUCCCUCGCUCCUCCCGGGGCUCCGCAGAUCUACAGGCGGCACAGAGACGAUGGCAGCGGCUGCGGACCGCGGAGGAUUUCACGGAGUCCCGGUUUCUCCGAGUUCGGUGGCAGUUGCCGAACCUUCAGAGGGAUCCGGAGCUGAUGGGCCGACUGACAGCCGUGUCCCGGUUCCGAUGAACCUGUUCGCGACCUGGGAGGUGGAGCGGUGCUCACCGAGCUGCGUGCCCAGGCUCUGCAGUCUGACGCUGAAGAAGCUGAUGCUCUUCAGGGAGCUGGACCGAGAGCUCAGCUCAGUCAUCAUCGCUGUGAAGAUCCAGGGUUCUAAGCGGACUCUGAGGUCCAGUGAGUACCCUCUUCCUCCCGGCGGGCCCAUGGAGACGGACCUGGAGCUCAGCUUCUCCCUGCAGUACCCACACUUCCUGAAGAAAGACGCCAACCGUCUGCACGUGAUGCUGCAGCGCAGGAAGAAGUACAAGAACCGCACCAUCCUGGGCUACAAAUCGCUCGCGGUGGGCGUCAUCAACAUGGACGAGGUGAUGCAGCAUCCCACCGAUGGAGCCCACAUCCUGGGUCUCCACAGCAGCCGGAAGGAGGCCUCAGUGCGAGCGGCAGAGCUGAGCGUCCAUUUUCUCUCCAGUCAGCCAAUCGAACAGGAGGAGACGAGUGGUCUCCGUGGCAACAAGGCCAAGGCCUCAGAUCGAUCUCCCGACACGGAGCAUUACUGGGAGGACGACGACAGUUUCUCCUCGGAACAAGAAGGAAGUGAUGAUGCUCUCGCGCUUCAGGAGAUGUAUAACGAAGACGAAGACGUCCACAGAAAGACAAAGACGUCCCACAGGAAAGUAAUGCAGACGGCGUCCCUGGCCCAGCAUCCAAACCUGAAGCAGAAGUUUGUAGCUCUACUGAAGAGAUUCAGAGUCAGCGAAGAGACGGACCCUGUAGGUCAGAUCCCGGAUGCUGAGGAGGAUCUGGACCUUCUGUACAGCAGUCUGGAGGGCAUGAGCGACAGCGGCCCCGAGGCGGACGACAACGAGAGCCUGCAGAGCACACCCAAACCCAAACUCAGGCCGUUCUUUGAAGGCGCGGCUCACACAGAACCCAGAACUCUGGACUUUCAGAACCACCAAACCGCUGCGGAGCCCCUGCCUGCUGGAGCUCCAGGGCCCAGAGGCCCCGAGGGGCCCAGAGGGGAGGAGGAGGGCCCUGGGGAAGCUGAGGAGGAUGUCGCCAUGGCAACAGAUGCGGGCCCCGCAGCCAAACUGUGUAAAACUGAGUCGCAAACACAGAUGUCUCCCAGCAGGACCGGAGGUCCGCAUCCUGCGAGGGCCGCCUCCCUGAGGGACCGACAGCACCUCAGAGGGACGGACAGGACCAGCAGCGUGGACGUGGAGACGUCCUGUGACCACAGGAUGACUGGUCCACAGGUGGCCCGGAAGGCCGUUUUGGAUCAGCUCAACAACAUUUUGUUCUCAGAGGACCAGGUCCCAGAAUCCAUCAUCCUGAUCAACAUCACAGACUGGCAGGGUCAGUACCUGUCGGAGCUUCUCUUCGAUCAGCCAAUCGUGUGCAGCGUCUCGUUCGCAGACGUCCAGGCUGCUUUCAGCGCCAUCAUCGCCCGUCUCCAGAGAUUCUGCAACUGUAACUCCCAGACUCCGCCCACGGUGAAGGUGGCGGUGGCCGGGGACCAGAGUUACCUCAACACCGUCCUGACCUGCUACGUGGAGCAGCUGGCCAACAAGACGCCUGAUUGGCUGAAUUACCUCUGUUUCCUGGUCAUCCCUGUUGGGGUCCAUCCCUUAGCAAAGCACCUGUCGGCUCUGGACGGGACGUUUGGCAACCUGUUUCUGGACGCAGGAUGGAGGGAGCUGUUCGGGCGACUGGAGCCUCCUCUGCUGGAUCCUGUGGGCGUGUCCGCUCGGGUGUGUCAGUACGUAGCCGGAGCCGCCGUGACCCACCUCUGUCCGAUCUCAGAGGCCAUGCUGACCUGCAAGCACAGGAGCCCUGAAGACGACCCGUAUCAGAAGUUCGUCCCGUUUAUCGCGGUGGUGAACGUCGGCGUGGUGGAGCAGAACUUCCUGUCAACCUCAGUGGACUCUGAUGACUUCAUGCUGGGAUCUCCUCCCUGCCAGUCUGGGGUUCCAGGCAGCGUCGCCUCCACACCUCCACCGUCUCCCUCCGUCAGCUGCCCAGCAGAGGUGAUGGGUCUGCAGGUGGACUACUGGAGUCACACGGGAGGAGGAGGAGGAGGAGGAGGAGGAGGAGAGUGGAGAAAGGAGGUGGGGAUGAAGAGCAGCCUGAAGAGCAACUUCCGCUGCCUUCAGGUGUCCCGUCUGAGUGCAGGAGAGCUGAUGAGCAUGACGGUGGUGCUGAAGGAGAAGAACAAGAAAGUCAUCUUCCUCAGCAAGAAGGCCAGGGAGAAGGAGGCGGAGUCACGGAGUCAGGUGAUCGAAGGAAUCAGCAGGUUGAUCUGUGCGUCCAAACACCAGAACACACUGAGAGUGUCUGUGGACGGCGUCGACUGGAGCGACGUGAAGUUUUUCCAGCUGUCGGCUCAGUGGCCGACGCACGUCAAGCACUUUCCGGUCCGCAUCUUCGGCUACAGCAAAGCCUGAGCUCCUCCUCCUCCUCGCCGGGGUCACAUGACCUCGCCACUGGCGCCCAGAACAAGCUUCACCACGUUUUCCUCUGUCAGCACCAAGCUGUGUCAGCAGGGGGAGGAACCGGGUCUCAGGCUGACCCCGAACAGAACUUAGAACCUGUUUUAAUCUGGACCAGAACAUCCUCGCUCAGAACAACUGGGAAAUAUUUACAGCCAAUAGAACGAG